AUGAAGAAUAAAUUAUUGAAAGCAUUGGAAUUAAAUUUUAUUAUCUCAAUUAUAGUAUUUACAAAAUAAAUGAUAUAUUUAAUAAGUAAGGCUUACUUCAAUUACCCUAAGCUAAUAUUUGAGAUCUAAUAUUAAAAGUUUUAUUGUUUUAAUUCUAAGACAGGAAUAAGAGAAAUAAUUUCUUCUAUUGGAUACUUAGUAUCCUUAAUCACUAUUAUAAGUUAAAAUUUAAGAAGAAAUAAUCAUAAAAUUAUAUUGAAAGAUUUAAGAAAUAAAUAGCAUGAUGAUAUUAUUUUAACUAAAAAAGUCUUAUUUUUAAUAGUGCUUACUAUCAUGUAAAGUUGCCCUCUUAUAUAAUGUAUAUUACUUACAUGUAUAUUAAUUUGGUAUCUUGGAUAAAUAAUUAAUAUUUAUUUUACUAGAAAUAAACUUGAUUUAUACAUCAUUAUUUGGAUGGAAGCACUAGUAAUGGUAUUUAUGAUUUAUACUAUUAUUUUUUGA